AGGAAUUACUCGGAAAAAUGGACUUAGUUAGUGUAGUCACCUCUCAAAUGUCGGAUUCACGGUCAAAUGAGCUUGAGGCUAGUUCCAGCUCCCAGGUCACAGAUUAUGACAGUAGAGUUGAUACGCCAAUAACAGUGGAACAAUAUCCUGGCCUUUGCGAUAGUAGGCCAAAUAAACUUAUCAGUUCAGCAUCAGCAGCAAGUGAAAGUGGAUACAAUUCAUACUGCAAUCACAGUUGCAUCUCAACAGAUGAAGCGCACUCAACAACACACAGGACAUAUUGUAAUUUCGAUAAAACAGAGGCUCAGUUUUGCAUAAACACACUUCAGUCGUCCGAAAAUCUAUCAAAUCGCGCUUGUCAAAAUUUACAGUGUGCACAUGCAACAAAUUCUGAGGGAUCUAAACUAAAUCAAAAUGAUAACAACUCUUUCUCUAACGUGUUAGCUGCUGCUAUCGGUCAUAAUUACGCACCAAAAGAUUUCAGCACAUUCGCAUCAAAUCUGUGUUGUCAGUCAAACAUUAUGUCAACUCCCGACACAGAAAAUAGGAAUACUAAUCAAGGGUGUUUUAAAAGUAACCAUGAUGUUUUAUGGACAGGUAAAGUUAGUGAUCAAUGUAAUGACCUUUCAAUAACUUCAAGUGAAGAUAGUAACCACAAUAAUGAUAGUUUACAAACCGAAGUUCAUAAUUAUGUGAAAAAUGAGAAUGGUUCCUGCUGUUCAUUCUCCCCUCUUUUACCAUCACACACGUGUCAUUACAAUUAUCAUCAUGAUCGUGAGGAAAAAUCCAAAAUGGCAUUCUUUUCCAAUCUUCCUGAAGUUGCCUACAACUUAGUGAAUACACACAGUCAAACAUAUGGUACUGAAGCACUUGAUUGUGUUAAUUUUCAGCAAUCAGUUGGGGAUAACAGUACAUCAACUCAAGAAGAUUCUUCUGAAGGUGAUUGUAAAUCCUCAAAAGGUUCUUUUGUUUAUAUCCAGAAACCUAGUGUGAACUGGCCUCAGGUAGACCGGUUUUAUGAGAUAAAGCCGCGCCUAGACCAUACUCCAGAACUCAAUUCUAAGAUGAGCAUGCAUAUAGAUUAUACUAAUCCAGCCCAUUAUAGUUCUGAUUUCGGUAUUCAAUGCAGUCCUCAGGAACAUCUGAUGAACGGUCCAAAUAUUUUGCCCAGCAAUGAAGUGUCAUCUUAUAAUUCAAAGCCUUCAAAGGUAAACCUUCACAAAGUAAAAAAUAUGUCUGCACUUCUUUCUGCUGCUCAAAUGUCAGGGAAUUGUCCCAGUUCAUCUAUACUGACAAGUAAUAUUUCCAAGUUCUUUUUAAUCAAUUCCACAACUGGAGUUUCUCUUCAACCACAAUCAACAGAAGAUCACGCUAAAACGAAAGGAGAUGAACAUAAUUACCACUCUGCUGUCGUUCCGUGGCAUUUGCAAAUUCAGUUUUCAUCAGACCAAGGACUUGCCAGGGAAAAUGCAUCUUAUUCCGAUUAUAACCCUAGAAGUCACCAAACUGAUAACACAAAUGUAACCCAAGGUGGAUUCUGUACUCAUGCAAAUACUCCUUCGACCUAUUUCGACUUUUCAAGCCUUCACUCCGAGCGGAAAGAUGGUUCUUUAGAUGGGUCUGUUAGUGGUAAAGCUGUAUUAGCAACGGAAAAAAUCCAAGUAGAUCGUGGACUAGGAAAACAAGUAAAUCGUCCAGAUGUACUCCUCGCCUGAAGCCGAAGAUCGCUUGGGAUGCUUCUAGUUCAACAAGAAACAAACCACUUGGAGAAGAUGCUGUAAGUGUGAUGGAAUCCUGGUAUGAGAGUCAUACAGAUAACCCAUAUCCAACAGCAUCUGAAAAAGAACAAAUAGCUGCUCUCGGGGGUAUUACAGUAAUGCAGGUAUGUUAUGCUUUCCAACUGCACAAUUAUAAAGUUUAUUUAUCAAGUUCAAAAUCCUACCUUGUGGGAUUAAUUUUCAUCUUAGAUAUUUCAUUUGACGACCGUCUCCUUCAGUGUGCAUACAACGAUGCAGCACAGUGUCGGAUCUGUCGUGAUGAAAUACAUAUUACUUGAAUAAACGAAGAAUGCAUGUUGGCAUGGUACUCUAUUAAAGAAUGUGGUAAGAUGAUUAAUGAGUAGUGUACUCAUUAGGCAUCUAACGGAUCGUGCACUUGGUCAACAUACUUGCAUGGCAACAGUAGAAUCAGGAGAAAAGUGGGUCUUAAGUUCUAAAGAGUGUUGUAAGUGAUAUUAGAUACCACGCUGUUAAACACGUCAUCAGUUGUAUCUUACAGUAUUUCUUCAGCAUGCGUAAGAACAUGUAAAGGGGGUAAAAUAAAGAUUAAAAAUACGGAAUAAGAGAACAUUCCGUAACUUGAAAACAAAAGCUAUCAAAUACUAAACACUUGUUCCAUAGCCGGGUGUAACGCGAUGUAAAAUUUGCGAAGGAUAGUUCUUCCAUUAUUCCUGAAAACAUUUUUUGUGCAGUCGUAGUUUGCAAUAUAAAAAUACUACAAAUCUCCAUAACAAUAACAGACAGUAGCAAGAGUUAUGUGCGUAAUCUGUAGCAUCUGUCCCUUAAAAUAAGCAUAUAUUGACCAGUUUUCUGUUUAGCUGUCUCGCUGCACACUUAUGAUAUCACAGUGUCCUGCAAUAUUCUUCCUCUUCUUAGUCCAGCAAACAUUGCAACCUAAGCUACAGGUAUCUUUGUAGUUGAACAUGGUUUCCGACUGAUGUGUUAAUUUAGGAAUAAAAUAGAUCAACUAACUUAGCAGACAGCAUUUGUGGAUAAUAAUGAAGGAAUUAGGCGAAUAUUGGAUUGCAUUCUGUUGGGUUUAGCUUGAAAAACUGAUUGUUCAGUAUACACAUAUUAUCCUCAUCUUAACGCUAUACCGAAUCUCACCAUUUUCUCAUUCUUCCUUUCUCUCUUUUAGUACUUUAUAUCUCUUUGGACUAAAUUUUCUUAUCUUUAUCUGUCGCUUCACUGCCUUUUUACUUGAUGUACUGCUAUGAGCUGUGGCAACUCGAACCGUGACGCAGUAAUGCCCGGUCCCAUGCUGAUUCUGAUGACGAUGAUCAAUAGCUAGACAGACUAAUCAGUCUUAAAUUAUUUGCAAGUUAAUUCUCAUCAGCUUAUGUUAAUUUUAGGUAUGCUCCUGGUUUGCCAAUCGUCGCACACGUACCGCAAACACCAAACCAAAAAAGAACAGAAGGAAAUUGCACAGCAAAAUUCAUGACUUAUGCAUUGAGAUUGAAAGAGCAACUAAUAAGGUUAUCAACGCAGAAAACUUAGAAGAACGUAUUGGUCAGAUUAUUGAUGAGUAUUUAGUUUGACUAGCUUAUUCUUUCCCACUUUCAUCAUUUUCAAGUAGUCCUGAGCAAAUUUAUAGUUCCUGUUCGUCAGUCCAUGUCUCAGUACUCCAAUAUCACGACUGUUUUUGUUAUUUUUCGUUAUUUUUAUAUUUCUGAGUUUUCUGUUUGACAUAUAGUGAUUUUCAUACUUAUCACAAUACAGUUUUUAAAU